AGCAUUCAUUCGUCUUUCGAAUUUCGCUUCGUACGGUCGUUUUGUAUCUACACUAUCUGCACUUCGCUCGCUCUCUCGUGUGAAAGUCGUAAAACAUACACAAAAAAAGCAUAUCAUUAUUUCAACCAGCCGUAGAAAACCAAUUGAAACUGCAAUUGCAAUGAGUAAAAUACGCUCGUAAAAUUUCGCGCAGUGUUUCUGUGAAAGUUCAAGUGAAAGCGUAAAGCAGCUAAAAAAGCGAGUAAAAUACUUGCAAGCAACCCAGAAAAACCAAAAAAAAAGAAGAAAUUUAAAAGUUUAAAACGAAAAUCAGGCAAAUAAAGCAAACAGCAACCAUGGCCCUUAUGUGUCCGCCGAUCAGUUUGGCCUUUCAACUCGCCUUACCAGUGCCACGCCCACCACCCAGUGCCUCGGAAAAGAAGCGAAUCCGUCGCAAUCUCUUUAAUACCAGUCCCGGUGAUUCGGAUAUCGAUCAGCUGUUGGCCCAGGAACAGCGUUCCACAAGAUUGUAUCUGAAGGAGCGCUACGGCUUAGAUAUUCUCCAAGAGGAUCGUCGUGAUCAGGAGCUGGAUGCAAACACAGAUCCCGAUGCGGAUGCGGAUGCCUCUAAUAAAUGUGCACCUAGGGGUAUGCGUUAUCCAACCAUUCGCACGAUAUCAAGUGCCGAUGCCGAUGAUGAAUACGAUCCUAAAACAAUCAGUCAAGAGCCAACGGGCGUGGCCCUGACUGCCGCACAGAUCUCCUCCAGCGCUCAGCUGAUCCUCAAGAAUGGCACCCACAUCAGUAGCUCCGCAGAUUUGUCCAACAGCACGAGACAGCACGGCCAAAAGCCAUAUGCGACGCAGCCACAAGGCCUUAAAGGCAUUUACCGCGUUCGCAAGGCCAACAAGGGAAUUUCAAAAUCUAAAAGUACCAACAUCAUCAUCUGUAGCAGCAACAACAACAAGAGCAACAACAAUACUAGCGAAUUGAACACUAAGGAGCAGUAACUUUCGAAGGAUUUGGAUGACAACAAUUGCAAUAUAUGAUAUUUAUUGUAAAAGUAAUUUUAAUUUCUAAAAUAAUUUGUUUAUUAUUUUUUUUUUUGGUGUACCCCCAUUGUACUUUUGUUUUUAACCAAGACUUGAAGGUCCCAAAAAAAAGUGUUGUUGCAUGAAAAAUUAUGAUGAAAGAAAAGGCCAAUCAGAAACAACAACAAAUAUGAAAAGGAAAACCAGAAAAGAUCGGCGCGCGUGCACGGCCAAAAACAGGCAAAAUAUUAAUAAUAAUAAUAAUAAUUAUAAUAAUAUAUCCGGAUGCAUGGCGUUAUACUAUAUCGUAAUAUAUUGGCAAUACGUAAAUUGUAGUGAAAAUGCGAAAGACUUGAGAUGUUAGAUCGCAGAAUAUGUAUGUAUUUACAAAGUAGAUUAAAUUGUAAUUAGGCAAUGCUAAUUUUAGAGAGGCGAUCAACGGCGCCAUGCAUCCAUUAUAUAGACUCUAAACCCCCAAAAAAUCCAAACAAAUUCAAGCGUUCUCAGCGUGUUUUCGGGUCCUGAUGCACGCGUGUGCCAAAAGUAUUUACAAUUUACUUUGUGUCAUGAUCUCAAAAAAACUAUUUUAUUAUUUUGUUUAUCUAAAUGUAAUUAUAAUUGAAAUUAUUUAAAAAUUCUUCUUAGCCCACAUGCAAACAUACACACCCAUUCACCCAUACACCCAUACACCCUAGACACCCACACACACACACUCAACACACUCAUAUUUAUUGUAUGUACAUUAUCGAUGUGACAUUUUAAAUUGUAUGUACUGUCUAUGUAUAAUAUUUCGUAACUAUGGCAAAAUAAUGAUCCCCCCUCUAUAAGUUCCCCCCUUAACUAUUUUGAACAACCAAACUGUGUAUAUUGUAAGGAGUAUUAACAAACUCCAAGCAGCUAAAUGAAAAAAGAAAAACUAAAAAAAAAAUUAACAACAAAUACUGUGUAUAUUUCCUUAAAAAACUUUGUAAAACUUAUAAAAGCAAGCUGAAAAAAAAAACUUUUUUACUGUACUCCCCUCUCAAGCGAAGAGAGCAGUAGAAAGAAAAAAACAAAAACUUAAAAAAACUCUUAAAAAUACAAAUGUAAAACAAAAAACA